AUGCACACGACACUGCGCCUUUUGGCGCUCUUGGGCCUGGCCUCCCGCGCAUUAGCCGGCAUACAAUACCUGGGCGUCGCAAUUCCUGGCAUCGACUUUGGCUGCGACAUCAAUGGAAAAUGUCCAACGAAGGCCGAGUCGAUCCCGCUUGCGCAAUAUGGAGGCGGCGAUGGCGAGGGGCAGAUGAAGCACUUUGUCAAGAACAACAAGAUGAACAUUUUCCGCCUGCCCUUGACAUGGCAAUUCAUCACCAACGGGCAGGUCGACGGCAAACUGUACGAGAAGAACCUCAACGUGUACAACGACCUCAUGAACACCUGCCUCGACACUGGCGCGUACUGCAUGAUCGAUCUUCACAACUUUGGGCGCUACGACGACGGCAUCAUCGGCCAGGGCGGCCCGAGCGACGAGGUCUUUGCUGGCCUUUGGAGUCAGUUCGCUACCGAGUAUGCCAAGAACGACAAGGUUGUCUUCGGCCUCAUGAACGAGCCGCACGACCUGGACAUCAAGCUCUGGGCCAAGAGCUGCCAGGCGGCCGUCACCGCGAUUCGCAAGGCCGGCGCCAAGAAGCACCUGAUUCUGCUCCCGGGCACCAACUUUGCCAGCGCCGAGACGUUUGUGUCGACGGGCAGUGCGGAGGCUCUUGCUGCGAUCGAGAAUCCCGACGGCACUACGGACGGCCUGCUGCUUGAUUUGCACAAGUACCUGGACAUUAACAACUCGGGAACGCACGUCGAAUGCACGACGGACAACGUUGAGGGCUUCAAGACGAUUGCAACGUGGCUGAGGAAGAACAAGCGCCAGGCCAUGGUCUCCGAGACGGGCGCUUCCAUGGAUCCCACGUGCAUGGUCAAGUUCUGCGCGCAAAACGAGUUCAUCGCCGACAACACCGACGUCUUCAUCGGCUUCGUUGGCUGGGGCGCCGGCAGCUUCGACGAGAACUACAUCAUGACCCUCACGCCGCUCGGCAAGGCCGGCUCUUACACCGACAACAAGCUCAUGUCGCAAUGCAUCAUGAAGAAGUUUGGCACCGACAGGAGCAUUGACGCCCCCUCGUCCUCCGCCUCGUCCUCCGCCCCGACAUCCACGAGCACCGAUAUCACGUCGAGCACAUCGAAGCCCAUCUUCCAUGAGAGCUCAGCGACCCCGUCAUCAAGUCCCACAGCGUCACCCAACAACAACAAGAAGGAGAAUGGUUCGGGUAAUCUGAGGACCAGCGGCUCGGCCAUAGGCCUCGUGGUGGCUAUGGCGGUUGCUGUCCUGUAG